AAUUGCAAAAGGGGUCAAUAUAAUUGUCCAGUUCAGUGUUCAGAUUCGUUCUAGGGUUUGAAGGGUUUUCGCAAACUACUAUCUUCUUCAUCUUCGAUUCAGCUAUUCCUUUUCAACAAUCGCACCCAUCUCCAAUGGCGCCGCCUCCAGGACCCUACUCUGGAACCAGCACUCUUGCUUUGGUGGCUCGUGCUUCGGCAUUUUCAAUCGGACUCGUUUAUGGAAGCCUUAAGCUCAAGUAUCUACAGGCAAAGGCCAAGUCUCAUAAGAAAGCCGAAGCAAAGGCUGAUCACUAGACUUAAAAUAGGGAAUGAGAGCUUCAUUGUGUUGGGCAUGGAAAUAAUGCAUAAUAAAAUUUGACUGAUGUUUGUCUUUUCUUGAGAUUUUUGUUGCCUAUGAAGAACAACUUUGCUUAUACUUCUGAGGUUUUUCUGAGAGUAAUUCAUUCAAUACUUGAAAUAUCUUUACAUGGUUUUUGGCCUUCAUCAAUGAAAUAGGGACUUCAGUUUC